AUGUCUUCUGCAUCAGUCGCGGACGAAAUAGAUGAGGCGCAAGAACGACAACACUUUCGCGCCGUUGUCACCGCUUUCAAAUAUUAUAAGUUAUGCAGUUUAGAUAGAAUACAAAAAUCUGAAAAAAUAAUAUCCAUACUGCCACAAAAUCAUCAACGACGUUUAGAAAAAUAUAAGACUUACCUCGCAAAGUUCAAGAAAUGUCUUGAUGUGAAUAACAGUGUUGUUCAUUUAAUCAUCACAGAUGUUGAUACAAUGUUUGAAAAUGUUGAUCAUACAGUUACUAACACAUCUGGAACCAAUGGAACUGAAAGUUUUGGAUGUAAUUACAAUAAUUGUGAGAUCGCAUCACAGAAGCAGCAUAAAAUGCAGCAUGAUGUCGAAAAGGUACAGUCAGUUCUAAAGAACAUAGUCCGUGAUUGGAGCGACAUGGGAGCUGCUGAACGGGAGCAGUGCUAUAAACCUGUGUUGGAUGAGAUGGAGGAAAGAUUUCCGCCUGAUGAAUACAAUGACCGUACUCAGAUCCGCGUACUGGUCCCGGGCGCGGGGCUCGGUCGGCUCGCGUGGGAGAUAGCAGCCCGCGGCUACACGUGCCAGGGAAACGAGUUCUCAUUGUUUAUGCUGUUCGCCAGCAACUUUAUACUCAAUAGAUGUAAUGAGGUGAACAAGUACACCGUGCACCCGUGGGUGCACCAGUACGUGAACAACGUGACGUGCGAGCACCAGCUGCUCGCCGCGCGCUUCCCCGACGUGUGUCCCGCCGGGAACAGGCCCAACCCUAAUUUCUCCAUGACGGCUGGAGACUUUUUAAAGGUGUAUACAGAGGCUGAUGAGUGGUCAUGCGUGGUCACCUGUUUCUUCAUAGACUGUGCACCAAAUGUGAUAGAGUUUAUAGAGAGAAUAUACACUAUACUACAACCUGGCGGUUACUGGAUCAAUUUAGGUCCUCUUUUGUAUCAUUAUAGUGACAUGCCAACUGAGAACAGUAUUGAACCGCCGUACGAUAUCUUGCUAGAGGUUAUUAGAGACAUAGGAUUCGAUAUAUUGAAAGAACAAACAGGUGUCAAAACGAAAUACGCCCAGAAUCCAAACUCGAUGAUGCAACACGAAUACGACUCGGUAUUCUUCGUGUGUCGGAAACCUUACUGCAUGUAG